AUGGGCUUAGGGUCAAGAUGGUUGUCAAUUCAGAUAUUCGUGAUACUUUGCCUCGGCAUCGGGGCUCAGAAAGACUGUUCUCCAAGUCCUAGCUCAGUUUACAUCAGUCAUUCGCCUAUGGUUAUAUGCGAAUACUUACCGAUGGAUUUUCUGGAAUGCUCCGAUCCGAUAGAUCCCCGAGGCGAUCAGGCAGCUAGGACUCGGCUCGGAUACGGAUGUCCCCGGUGGGGAGGAAACCGGUACGAAGAAGUCCUAAUGACAGCAGUGAACUGCAGCGUCCUACCGGGCGUCGAGUGUUUUGGUGAUCGAAUCUUCAAGAAGGAUGGAUUCCCGUGCGUGAGGUACACCGGACAUUAUUUCACCUCCACUCUACUGUACUCCAUCCUGCUCGGAUUCCUGGGAGUAGACAGAUUCUGUCUUGGCCACACAGGAACUGCUCUGCUGAAAAUGUUUUCCCUCGGAGGUUUCGGAAUUUGGUGGGUCACUGACGUAAUCCGCUUGGUGAGAGGUGAUCUCAUGCCUGCAGACGGCAGCAACUGGAUGCCAUACGUCUAGGACUGCAUUCCGACCCCCCGUUCGUCCGAUGAAUAAUUACGGGAAACGAAGGUUGGCCAUGUGACUCGAUGAUCCCCCUAUCGCGGGAUUCCAAAGAACGAAAAUUAUCUCCCGACGAGUUUUACCUCUCUCCAUGCUCAGGAAUUCGCGAUGUUCCUGACCUCAUGCACGUAAGACUCACAGCCAUUAUCGGAAGCUAAUCCUUUUAUUCAAACUUUGAUGCAUCUCUUUCACUGCAUAGGGUUUGUCUUAAAUAAAACCUCUUCAUCAA